AUGAAAAAUUGUGCCAAGUACGCGAAAAAGUUGCAAUCGCCAGCUGCACACAAAUAUUUGAGGUUAGCACUGUUGUCUCAGGAUUGUGCUCCCGCUUGCGCUACUACACCGUCUUUGUCUCGACAAGGCUCAUCAACGAGUCUUUGUAGCGAAGGGCUCCUAGCUGAGACAGGCUCCUUCCGUCCAAACCCGAUCAAAUUUGAUAACGUGGAUGAAACAGAUGUUCGUAUCCUCAACACUGGUGAUAUCGUCUUAAAAGGAGUUGUGAUUGCCGCGAUUGCCGCAGAGACUAUUGGUCUAAAAAAGGACACAGCAAAAAAGCCAAAAAUGGAAGUCGUAGAAGAUGCAGAAAAUGACGAGGAAAUGACGGAUGAAGAGGUCGUAGACGUGGUUAGCGAUGAGGAUUUGGAAAUGCAGGAACUCAUUAGGCAAGAAAAACGUGCUCGUUCGGGUAAACCACCGAAAGAGAAAAAGAAACGGCCAAAAAGAAACAAAGGCGGCGAUGUUGGUGCCGAUGAAGAUGCAGAUCGUCUUCUGCGAAAUGCCGAUGCUCUCCUUCACGAAUCACCCAGUAAGGUCCGUAAGGAGGAUGGUAACGACUCAGUCGAGGAAAUAGAAGAGAUCACUGACGCUGACACGAAGGAGAAAGUCAAGUCAGAGAAAGUUGGCAGUAAGACUAAUGGUACAUCUGCCUCGAAGAAAAGCUACAGUGGAUCAAAGAAGGAAAAACUUGGCAAGGAGAAGAAGGCAGAAGAUGUGAAAAAGAAUGGGGAAAAGUCUAAAGAAUCGGAUAAAAGUGAUGUUUCGUCGUCAGAAGACGAACCUAUUGUCAAGCGCCACAGAUUAUCGAAGAAAGAGGAACGAAGAAAGCGUUUGGAACAGAAACAGAAAGAAUUCAACGGGAUCGAGUUGAUGGAAGGUGUCGAUAUAGCUUCUGCUCUCGUCAGUGGUACAAAAACUGUGCAAAAGCUGAAGUCCGUCGUUGUUGAUCCAGAUAAGAACGGCGAUCCACCAGUUCCUGUUUCAGUUCAUCCAUCUCUAGUUCGAGUCCUGAAACCACAUCAGGCUCAAGGGGUGCAGUUUAUGUACGACAGUGCAUUCGAAUCUCUUGAUAGGUUAGAGGAAGAUGGAGGCGGUGGUAUUCUGGCCCAUUGUAUGGGACUUGGAAAGACACUGCAGGUCAUCACUUUCCUUCACAUGAUAAUGACGCAUCCUAAGCUCGUGGACUAUAGCAAGAGAGUAUUAGUAGUGGUUCCAAAGAAUGUGGUCCUGAAUUGGUUCAAGGAAUUCCAAAAAUGGCUUGAGGAUAAUGAUCCUGACUUAGCUGUCAUAGAUGUAAUGGAGCUGGACUCCUUCAAAACAUACAACGAUCGGCACUUAGCUUUGAAAAACUGGUAUCACUUUCCUUCCGUGAUGAUCAUAGGGUAUGAUAUGUUCCGAAUCUUGACUCAUGACGAUGAAGAUAACAAGAAGAAACGCGGGGCGCCUAAAAAGCCACCUUCAAAAAGAAAUAAACGGUUAUUGAAACUGCAGGAACAGUUCAGGGAGUAUUUGCAAGAUCCUGGUCCUGAUAUAAUCGUAUGCGACGAGGCACACAAGUUGAAGAAUGACGAGUCUGCUCUAUCUAAAACAAUGGUGAAAAUAAGAACGAGGAGGAGGAUCUGUUUAACGGGGACACCUCUGCAGAACAAUCUUAUGGAAUGUUAG